CAUUGGAAAAUCUGUCUGGUGUACUGUCCAAAAACAAUCAUGAAGUUUGUGGCUGUAAUCCUUGCUCUUGCUAUUAUUUCAGGCUGCCAGGGGCACUCCCUGCUUCAGGAUGACCCAAAAAGCCGCUGGGAAAAGGCAGUGGAUCAGUUCUGGAACCAUGUGUCAAAGGUUGAGGAGAUGAGGGACAACAUCAAAGCCACCCAGCUCAGCAGAGAAUUAGACACACUGAUCAGUGACACCAUGAUGGAGCUGCAAAUGUACAACGAUGACCUGCACUCCAAACUGGGCCCUUAUGCGCAGGAUACUGCCAAGAGAUUCAAUGAAGAUCUGCAGCUGCUGGUUAGUAAGCUCCGCACACACAUGGAGGAUGCUAGGGAUCGUGUCAGUGAAUACACAGCGGAGCUUCAAACCAUUGUGGAACAGAACGCUGACGAGGUCAAGAACAGGGUCAACACCUAUGCCAAAAAACUAAGGAAACGUUUUAACAAGGACAUCCAAGAGAUCAACAAGGAAAUGACAAGCUACUUUGAAGAGGUUCGCUCUCGUGCUGCUCAGAGUAUGGAGGAUGUGAAGGAUCGUCUCGAGCCUUACUUCACCUCAAUGCAUCAGCGUGCUGAAGAGAAGCUGACAACUCUGGCAGAUCUAUUAAGAAGCCAGGGUGAAGGAAUUAAAGAGAAACUGGAAUCACAAAUGCAGGACCUCAAAGAAAAAGUUGAGAAGAGCACAGAGAAUAUGCGUAACACAAUUCAGGAAAAGGCAGAGGAGAUACAAAAUUGGUUUGAGCCCUAUGUGUCUCAGGUCCAGAAGCAACUGGAGACAGUCAUGGAGGGUUUGUAAUACCAGUGUAUAUGGAUGAGGUCUCAUAUAAAUUAGAGGAUUAACUUUUUCAUUAAACUUUGCUUACAUAAAUGAAGGUAUUGGAAAUGUAAAAGUGGAAUAUACCAUUAGUACUAGUGUGAAUUCAGGUAAAGUGGGCCACUCUUUGUAAAACGUGUAAUUUAGAUACCUAGAUGUUUUUCUUUUUUUUCUUUUCUUUAUUUCGUUAACUUUACGGUCUAGCUAUAAUAUUUUAAUUUGAAUACAGUUCAUAUUAUGUGUUAUUUGCAAGCUAUAUACCAGUAAACAUUUUGAGAUCAUGCACUCCAGAAAUUUCUUUUCAGGUCAAGUGGACCAUUCCUUAUUUAUCAAAAAUUUAACAAAUCCAAAAUUAUAUAACCUAUUGGUUGAGUAAAAUAAGUCAUGUGUAAGUUCUUGUCUCAAUUCAUGCGUGAAAUUCCAAACAACUGAAAGAACAUGUUGUGUUGACCUUAAAUUUGAUGGAAUCUGAAUAUCAGAAUAUUCAGAAAUCAGGGCAUUACUCUACUCUAUAUAUAUAAAAAAUGUUUAACACACAACUUUAACACAAGCAGUAACAAUAUAAUAAGAGUAUCAUUAAAAAUAGCAACCAUAUGUAAAAAAAAAACUGUUUGUCUAUGUUCUCUAAACACUUUAAAUGAACUUUAAAAUUGUUGAUUGUUCAUAAUUUAAGCUUUAUAUUCUGCAACUACUCAUCCUUUCUUCACUCCACAGAUUUACCUUCAUGUCUUGACUUUCUUUCUAUUUUUUCCUGUCUUCCAUCUCUGACUUGAAUUUCCUGACUG